AAAAGGCAGAAAAACCAGUGGUACAUAUUGUCUCAGGAACCAUGUGGAUCAGAGGGCUCUUUCAUUUUGUUCCUGAAUGCUUCUAACUAAAACCAUCAACAAACCAGUGACAGAAAAAAUGGUUGGUGAUUAAACAGAAAGAAAAAAUAACACAAAACAAAAGUAGCAUUAGGAUAGGAAGCAUGCAAAUGGCAAUUUCAUUAAGAGGAGGAGCACUUGGAGAUCCCAGCUUUCGUUUGUGUUCAUUAAACUCAACUUCUUCUUUGCAUGUUUCCCAGAAUGUUGUGGUACCCACCUCAUCAUCAUCAUCACCAGUGCUACCUUUGAUUGCAUGCAAAAUUAAAACAGCCAGUAGAAGCAAGAUCAUCUGCUCUGCUGUUCAGGAAUCAUCUCCUAGUACAUCAGCUACCACUGAAACAAAGGAGGAGGAGGUAAAGGCAGCUCCAAAAGCUGCUGCAGAAAAGAAGCCUCCUGCUAAAGCUCCAGUAAAGCCUCUACCUCAGAUGAUGGAGGAGGAUGUGAUCCCUUCAUUGAAAGAAAUAUUUGAAGCCCAGGAAGAUCUUUCUGAUAUUGAGCUAGUCUUUCAGGACAAUAAGUUAGAAGGUUCCUUUUUGAAGAAAGGCAAUCCCUAUUUAUUUUGGGCCUUCUUCCCCACCGGAAACCUUACUGGUCCAAAGGGGUUUUCUAUAUCAUCCUAUAACUCAGGAGCAAGCACUGUUGAGCCAUUUCUUGUUGACGAAAAGAAAAUUACAGCUAAACACAUUGUCUUCUGGGUUGAAAAACGUUUGGCAGCACAGGGGAUCAUUCCUGUUUGGAAAGAUUAGUAUGUCGAAAAUAAAAUUUCAUUUUGGUUGCAAAUGAUGUAGCAUACAGCUCAAUAUUCUCGUCAUUUGGUUUAAUGAACAUGAUAUAAACAGUGUUCUGUUGAUGGAUAUGCAAUUAAUUGUAUAUGUUUUUUACGAGCAUUUGCUAUUAAUGCAAAUAUUCUUUUCCAUCA